CUUCCGAAGACAUGUGCAGUUUUCUUUCGUAAAACAAAACAAAACAAAACAAAACAAAAAAAACAUUAUGUUGAAAGAUGAAUACCUUCCAUCUUACAUAAUUUACCGUACUAUACAUGGACAGUGCAGAGUGAGUGAAUAAGAGGAGCGGGCAUAGCGCUGUUUAUCUCCAUUGCUUGUGCACUAUUCAAACUAGCAAAGUAGCUAUAGCAUAUGGCUUCUCUUGGUUUGCAUUUUUUGGGUUUUUUAUUGGCCUUUUCUCUUGUAAGUUUAAAACGCAACAACCAAAUUUCGAAUAUCCAGAAAGUCAAACUAAACGCACAUGGUUCUUAUUACAAAGCCUAAGUCAAAGUAAUUAAGUUUUGUCCGGAUACAUCUGGAAUAUGCUACUAUAACUAACAUGUCGCAGGAAAAUAAAAUGAACUUUUAACGGGGUUUCCAUUCUUUGACUACAAUGGAGGCGUGUAUGAGAUGUAUAUGUCGCGAGAGUCUUGCUAGAAUCUUUACAAGAUGUUGGACUUUAAAAAGCUCAAGAUCACAUUUAAAACGUCCUCUUUCUGCUCAUCAAUCAACGUCUUCAUGGAAAGGAACGCAAAGCAAUCUUGUUCUGGGAGGGGCAACGUGGCGAAGACCCAACGCCCUCUUUUGUCGUGACAGAGUUACGGAUGCCUCUCAUGCAGCACUGUCCAGUGUGGCUCCUGUUUUUGUUGUGAUGAAAUUUGAGCAAGAUGGGAAUGUCACUGCAUUUGAAAAAAAGAAAACAGAGUUCUAUCAGGAGCUUGGCUUGCAGGCAAGAGACCUGAGAUUCCAACACCUCAGCAGCAUCACAUCACGCAGUAAUAUGAUCAUCAUUCGCAUGGAAUCCCUCAAAGCUGUAAUAACUCCAGAGUGUUUGAUGGUGCUGGAUUUCCGUGGGCUGGGUCUGGAGAAGUGGCUGGUUUUGGAGCUCGGACCCCAGUUAGCAGGAGAUGGAGCCCUGGCUACCUACUCACUGCCCUUUGAGUUCAGGGCCCUGGAGGCCAUUUUGCAACACAGGAUAAGCACACUCCAGACAAGGUUAAAUGAGGUGCAGCCUCAGAUCCUGGACUGUCUGGAGUCCUUAGUGGAUCCCAAGCUUCUCUCUGCAGACCGCAGUAAACUUCACAUGCUUCUCCUGAACAGUAAGAGCCUCUCUGAACUGGAAACUGACAUCAAAGUAUUUAAGGACAGCCUGUUGAAGAUCCUCGAUGAAGAUGAAUUGAUUGAGGAACUGUGUCUCACCAAAUGGACUGACCCACGUGUGUUUGAGGAGAGUAAUUUACACAUAGAUCAUGCUUAUGAGAUGGAGUUGCUCUUGGAGAACUAUUUCAUGCAGGCAGAUGAGCUUGGAAAUAAAGCACGGGAGAUGAAGGGGCUCAUUGAUGACUCAGAGAGUGUCAUCUUCAUCAACCUAGACAGUCAUCGAAAUGUGAUGAUGCGUCUGAACCUCCAGCUCACCAUGGGGACUUUCUCUCUGUCCUUAUUUGGCAUGAUGGGUGUGGCAUUUGGCAUGAACCUUGAGUCUUCCUUUGAAGAAGAUCCACGUGUGUUUUGGUUGGUGACGGGAUUUAUGUUCCUGGGAAGUGGGCUUAUCUGGAGGCGCCUGCUCUCCUUCCUAGGACGACACUUAGAGCCCACCUCUCUUCCUCCAAUUCCACCUUUUUGGAGGAAAAACCAAUUCACAGCCUUAAAAGGAUCGGAGAUAAAACCUGGAGUAAGAUGAUGGUAUGGGUGUGGUGGGUCUCUUUCUUUCAGCUGCCCCUCCAUUUUUCUGUCGUUCUGCCUUGUUCUGCAGAUUUACUGUUCAUGUCAGUAAACAUACUGUUAACUGACAAAAACAUGUUAUGCUUUUAAAAUAAUAUAUAUGGUAGUCAGAUAAUGGGAACCCCUCAUCAAAGUAAAAAUUCUAACUAGUUUUGAGUUAAGAAGUGACAUGGAGUUUGAAUUGCAGAGCUCCAACUGUCAACUAUGUUGUUAUAACAAUUUAUUUGAUCUUAUGGAUUCAAGCAGUGCAUACUUCUUGCCAUUGUUGGCAAUAUAUGAAAGAUGUACUGCUGCUUUUGUGUACUAUAAAUUCCAUACUAUAUUUAACUUUAAUUAAAAAAGUUUAAAUACAAA